AUGGCGUCUACUGAUGGUCUUGACCAGGUCGAGGGCGAGUCACUAGCCUACCUCAUAUGUUUUCCAUUACUGACCGUCCCCACAGAGCAGCUCAAAGCUGUCAUCGAUAACCUGUACAUGCUCAUCUGCCAGGCGCAUGAGUUCCGCGGCUCGCAAACAACAGAGGCCAUGACCUUUGAAAUUCUCCCGCCAGAAGUCAUCGAAUACGUAGAGCGAUCGCGAAACCCUGACAUCUAUACCCGUGAAUUCGUCGAACUGGUACAGAGACUCAACCAACAACUCAAAGGCAGGAGCCAAGCUUUCGCCGACUUCAGAGACAUACUAGCAAGAGAGAUGGCCGGCGCUCUGCCUGAUUGCAAACAAGACAUCACAAUGGUUGUCGAGAGUACUGGAGGUAAGGCUCCUGCCUGA